AUACAUCUCAUUAUUUGACCACCACCACCACCACUACUACUGCCAACGCCCACCACCUUCCCCCUCCUGCUCGCCUGUGUCUCCUCCUCCCAUCUCCCCUCACAGCUCAGUGCCACCCCGGCAAAAGUCUCUCCAUCUUGUCAUCGUCUUCUCCAGCUCUCGAUCGAGCUCUCGACCGAGGCAAUACAAAAUCCAGGACAGGCCAUUGCGCCGGCCUGCUGCUCCCCGAGGAUUUUUGUUUGAUUAUUUGCUGCCUCCAGUGGGUUGGGUGUUCUUGGGGGGCUCUGUUUCCCGGGGUGGUGCUUGUUGGUGAGCGUGGUGUUCUCCGGCGGCAAUGAGGGGCAGCCAUGUCUGCUCCCUGGUUUCCUCCCUCGUUUUCCUGUGGCUGGGGGUUGCUGCUGCGCAGAAGGCCUCUUCUUGGAAGACGCUGAGCGGCAAUGCUCCGGCAAUCAUAGCCAAGGGAGGAUUUUCAGGCAUAUUCCCCGAUUCAAGCGAAUUUGCGUACCAGUUUGCGCUCAUUGCUAGUUCGCCAGAUACAAUCCUAUACUGUGAUGUUCGGUUGACCAAGGAUGGUCUUGGUAUCUGCCUGCCGGACAUAAAGAUGGACAACUGUACCAAUAUUCCAGAUUUCUAUCAACAGGGUAGGAAGAGCUACCUUGUCAAUGGCGUGUCGACGGCGGGAUGGUUCUCCGUUGAUUACAAUGGCACCGAGCUUGGCCAAGUGUCUUUGAAGCAAUCAAUCUUUUCUCGCUCGCCGAGGUUUGAUCCAAGCUUCUUUCCAAUUCUUGCUGUCGAAGACAUAGCAUCCAAAUUUAAGCCUCCUGGAAUGUGGCUCAAUGUCCAGCAUGACAGUUUCUACAGUCAGUUCAAUCUAAGCAUGUCAAACUACAUAUUUUCUGUGUCAAAACGUGUUAUUGUUGACUAUAUCUCAUCACCUGAAGUGAGCUUCCUUACUAAAGUAUCUGGAAAGCUUAGCAACAACACGAGGCUUGUGUUCCGUUUUCUCGAUGAGAGCACAAUCGAACCAUCUACCAAACAGACAUAUGGAUCCAUGUUGAAAAAUCUUACAUUUGUCAAGACAUUCGCAUCUGGUAUAAUUGUCCCAAAAAAAUAUAUCUGGCCUGUUUCACCAGAUAAUUAUCUGGAACCACACACUUCAGUCGUCGAUGAUGCUCAUAAAGCAGGGUUGGAAAUUUAUGCUGCCGACUUUGCCAAUGACUUUAUGUUCAGUUACAACCAUAGCUAUGAUCCAUUAGCAGAAUAUCUCUCAUUCAUUGACAAUGGUGCUUUCUCUGUUGAUGGAGUAUUGACUGAUUUUCCUGUUACACCUUCAGAAGCCAUAGGCUGCUUUACUAAUCUGAAGAAAAGCAAAACAGAUCAUGGAAAGCCUCUAAUUAUUUCCCACAAUGGUGCUAGUGGGGAUUACCCAGCCUGCACUGAUCUAGCUUAUCAAAAAGCAGUUGAUGAUGGUGCCGAUGUCAUUGAUUGCCCUGUCCAAUUGACCAAAGAUGGCAUACCAAUAUGCAUGAGUUCCAUUAACUUGAUGGAUGAUACUACAGUUGCAAAAUCACAGUUCGCCUCUCAGACAGCAGUAAUCAAAGAUAUUGAGAGUGUGCUAGGAGUCUUUACCUUCAACCUUACUUGGGAUGACAUCGUAAAGAAUCUGAGACCCAAAAUCUCUACCCCGUUUAGCUCCUUCAAACUGGACAGAAAUCCAAGAUAUAGGAAUGCGGGGAAUUUCAUGAGAUUAUCAGACUUUCUGGACUUCACAAAGGAUAAGGAUUUAUCAGGAAUUAUGAUCAGCGUGGAGCAUGCUGCUUUUGUGGCGGAGGAACUUGGGUUUGACAUGGUAGACUCAGUUAUCAAGACCCUCGAUGCUGCUGGUUACAGCAACCAAACUGCCCAGAAAGUUAUGAUUCAGUCAAGCAACAGCUCGGUUUUGGUGAAGUUCAAGCAGCAAACGAAGUACGACCUUGUGUACAUGAUCAACGAGGAGGUCAAGGACGCCGCGCCUUCUUCCCUCGCUGCCAUCAAGAAGUUUGCCGAUGCCGUUUCCGUCGAAGGCAACUCUAUAUUCCCCGAGAACCGCCAUUUCACUACCUACCAGACCAACCUCGUCGAGUCCCUGCAGAAUGCCGGUCUCCCGGUCUAUGUUUACACUCUCAUGAACGAGUUCGCUUCUCAGCCAUACGACUUCUUCUCGGACGCGACCGCGCAGAUCAAUGCGUAUGUUCAGGGUGCUGGAGUGAAUGGCGUGAUCACAGAUUUCCCGGCAACAGCACGGAGAUACAAAUUGAACACCUGUAUGCACAUGGGGAACAACACGCCGAGCUUCAUGGCCCCGGCUCGCCCGGGUGACCUGCUGCAGAUCAUCAGUAAGCCGGCGCAGCCGCCGGCGAUGUCGCCGAUGCCCCUCCUGACGGGCUCGGACGUGGCGGAGCCGCCGCUGCCGCCUGCAAGAACAGCUCAGGCGCCGUCGCUCGCGAGCAGGAUGCAGGCUCAUGCCGCGAUCGUCGUCACAUUGGCGAUGCUUCUCGCUUGCCAUCCCCUGGUAUGACCGGACAACGCAGCAGGUUCACAAGCCAAAAUACUAAUCCAGUCUGUUUGUUCUGUUCUUUCUUUUUUUUUUCUUUUUUUUUCUCAUGUAGCGAUUCGUUUCAUCCUCAUGUAUUUUUUUUUGCAUUGAUGAUCGUCCCCGAUUUGCCUAUUACUGUCCUCAGUGGUCUCAGUAUAUAUGUGUGGUAUGAAUCUAAAUACAUACAUAUGUCUAGAUUCAUUAAUAUCUAAAUGAAUGUGGGCAAUGCUAGAAA